AUGGAGACUGUUGUCCGGCCCAAGACCGACGAGGCCAGUCCCAGCUCAAUCAAUGUUCUCACUCUGAAUUGCUGGGGACUCAAGUACCUCUCGAAAUUUCGAACAGAAAGACUAUCCGAAAUAGGCAAUCGUAUCGCCGACUAUACACCUCAGCUUGACAUCGUUGGCUUACAAGAGUGCUGGACAUUUGCCGACUAUCUAAACAUUCGAAACCGCACGCGAUCAAUAUUGCCACAUGCGAAAUACUAUCAUUCAGGGAUCUUCGGUGGAGGGCUAGCUAUUUUCAGUCGUUGGCCAAUCAGGGAUUCGUCUAUGUUUCGGUAUCCUUUGAAUGGCCGUCCUACAGCAUUCUUCAGGGGUGACUGGUUCGUGGGUAAAGGCGUUGCUUGUGCUCAGAUACAGUUGCCCGAUGGACAGCUGAUUGAGGUAUUCAAUACCCAUUUACAUGCACCAUACGAACGUGAACCUAAUGACAGCUACAUUUGUCAUCGAACAGCCCAAGCUUGGGAGAUUGCGAAGCUGAUGCGAGCAGCUUCUGACCGAGGCAGCCUCGUUCUGGGCAUGGGCGACUUCAACAUGGUACCUUUGAGUUUCGCGCACGUGCUCAUUGAAAGUCGGGGUGGCGUCAAGGACGUUUGGCGUGUGGUCAAGCCAGACAGCAGUGUGGGGAAAAGCCAUCAUCUACCUGAAAUCGAACGCAGGAAGCGAAUGAAGGAGGAUCCAGUUCCAGAUGUGAACAGCAGUCUACAGGACCACGGGCAUACUUGUGAUUCGGUUCUCAACACCUGGCGCUGGCCCAAGGAGGCUCGCAAACGUCUCGAGAAAGGUCACGACAGGCAUAUCGCGGGGACCGACCCUGAUCCUAACGCGUAUCGGCUGGACUAUAUCUUUUUUAAUGGUAUCUCGAAGGGAUGGAAGGUUGAAGGGGUCAAAGUGGCACUUACUGAGAGACACCCUGAUCUGCACUGCUCUUUGAGUGACCACUUUGCAGUGCAUGCCACCAUCGAAAGAGGCGAAACAAAAGCAACUACGCCCACGACGGUCGAAGUGAAUGGUGUGCUUCGGGGAACAUUGAGCGAUGAUCCAAACACUGAUUCCGCCGAUUUUGAGGACAAGGAUUUCAAUGCAGCAAUCUCCAAACUGCCAACACAUAAACACAUCGGGCAAGGGUUUUACAACGAUAUCCUAGCUAUGAUACGAGAAUAUAAUAUACGAGAGAGAAAGCAACGACGAUGGCGAUGCCUGCAUUUUAUUGUAUCUGCAAUUAUUUCGAUUGGUUGUUUUGUGGCAAUCUGGUGGUCUCCAAGGAAUUUCGUCGCCUUCCUUCUCAUCUUGCUGAGCAGUUUGGGACUGAUGGCCGGAACUGUGGAUGGGCUCAUUGGAUUCCUUUUUGUUGGAUCCGAGCUCCGAGCACUGGCAGAAUUCGAGUGGGAGGUUCGAAACGCGUUGCAGUUGACUGGCGGCCCUGUUCAGGAUGAUCGAGCUCUGAAAGACUGGUACGACUAG